AUGGAUCUUAGCUCUUCAAUCAUCUGCAUCCUUCUGCAUUCCCUUGUAUUUGUUUCCUUGAUUUAUUCUAAUAAUUCUCUAAAAAUUAAAAAACCAUUUGUUAAUCAAACUUUUCGAUCAGAGGAUGAACUUUAUAAGUUGAAUGAAAGCAUAGCUAUUCGUCUUAAGCAACUCAACAAGCCGGCAGUUAAAACAAUUCUGAGUCCCGAUGGUGAUAUCAUAGAUUGUGUUUUAACACAUCAACAACCAGCUUUUGAUCACCCUUUAUUGAAAGGACAAAAACCAUUGGGUCCUCCAGAUAUACCAAAAGGCAAUAAUCAAAUGGAUAAUUUCAAUGAAAGUGCUCAACUAUGGAGUUUAUCGGGUGAAUCAUGUCCGGAUGGAACAAUUCCAAUAAGAAGAAUAACAGAACAAGAUUUGCUAAGAGCUAGCUCUGAUAGUAGAUUUGGAAGAAAAUUCUCCAUCAUGGGCAGUAAUAGUCACCAACAUGCAAUUCAGUAUGUGCAGGAUGGAGAGUUCUAUGGAGCACAGGCGUCCUUGAAUGUGUGGAAUCCACAUGGAGAAACUCCAGAUCUAUUCAGCUUGGCUCAAAUGUGGGUAAUGGCGGGUACAUUUGAAAAAGACCUCAAUACCAUUGAAGUUGGUUGGCAGAUAGAUCAACGAUUCUAUGGGGACCGUCGCACUAGAUUUUUCAUUUUCUGGACGGCUGAUGCAUAUAGAAAUAGUUGCUACAACUUACAAUGCCCAGGUUUUGUUCAAACGAACAAAGAUAUUGCAUUUGGAGCUGCAAUUUCUCCAAUUUCUACAUAUAAUGGAAAGCAAUUUAAAAUUUCCUUAUCUGUAUGGAAGGAUGUAAAGACAGGAAAUUGGUGGCUUCGUUAUGGAUAUAAAAAUGUUGGGUAUUGGCCAUCCUCCUUAUUUACAAACCUGAAAGAUGUUGCAUCUAAGGUUCAUUGGGGUGGAGAAAUACUUAAUGAACAAUAUCCAAAGGCUUCUUCCAUCCAAAUGGGUAGUGGACACUUUCCUGAAGAGGGUUGGCAGAAAGCUGCAUAUUUUAACAAUAUUAAUGUUUUAAAUUCAAAAAGAGACUACUGGGUUCAGCCAACAAAUCUACAGAAUUAUGCAGAUAGCCCAAAUUGUUAUAAUGUAAAAGGAGGAGUUAGCCGUAACUGGGGGACUUUCUUUUACUAUGGUGGACCAGGCAGGAAUAAGAAUUGUCUCUAA